AUGAGACACAAAGUUGUAUUUCAAGAUGACAGUGGGCAUCUUCUUUUGGAGUAUUACUUUUUACAGCCCGAGUUUUGUCAGGCUCAAUACCAAAUAUGUGUCUCUUUGUUUGGCUAUACUCUGUCUGAUAUAUCAAAAAUGUAUCUCUAUUCAAAGACUACUGGUAUUGUCUUGAUAAUUCUGAAGAACAUGUUUAUAUCAAUUUUAUGUCAAGUCUUCUCUGUCUUCAUUCCCGCUAUUAAAGUAUGUAUUUCAUGUCUACUCCCAGAAGGCUUUAAAUUAUAUAUAGCAAGCAAGAAAUAUUAG